UUAAAUCAAGGCCAAUGAACCAAAGCGGAGACGUAUCACUAUAUGGUUAUGGAAGCAUUGCAUGGAAGAAUGCAGAAAAUUGGAAGAAAAGGCUUAAUAUGCAGCAAAAAAAAGGAGUAGGUAACUGUGCUCUUCAAAGAAAUAAUUUGGAUUUUGAUGAAUGUGAAGCUGAUGCACUCAUAAUGGAUGAAGCAAGACAACCCCUUUCAAGAAAACUACCAAUAGCAUCAAAGAAGAUCAACCCGUAUAGAUUAGUCAUAAUUCUUAGGCUCAUCACCAUCUGCUUCUUCUUCCAUUAUAGACUUCUAAAUCCAGUAACAAACGCCUACGCAUUAUGGCUCACAUCAGUCAUUUGUGAAUUCUGCUUUGCAAUUUCAUGGAUAUUGGAUCAGCUCCCAAAAUGGCAUCCGAUCGAGCGAGAAACUUUCCUCGAUCGCCUUUCUUUGCGGUAUGAGAAUGAAGAAGGAAAGGAAGAGUCUCAAUUAGCAGAUAUAGAUGUUUUUAUCUGCACAGUGGAUCCUAAGAAGGAGGAUCCUCUCAUGGCUGCCAAUGCAGUUUUGUCCAUACUUUCUGUUGAUUAUCCGGCUGAUAAAGUUUCGUGCUAUGUGUCGGAUGAUGGAGCUGCCAUGCUCACUUUUGAGGCGCUCUCUGAAACAUCACUGUUCGCUAAAAAAUGGGUUCCAUUCUGCAAGAAAUUUAACAUUGAACCUCGUGCCCCAGAAUGGUAUUUCAGUCAGAAAAUGGAUUAUCUGAAAGGCAAAAUAGAUCCGGCGUUUGUUGGGGCGAGACGUGCAAUGAAGAGAGAAUAUGAGGAGUUUAAGGUUCGGAUCAAUGGGUUGAUUUCUGCGUCUCACAAAGUUCCUGAAGAAGGUUGGACAAUGCAGCAUGGAGCUCCUUGGCCGGGAAAUAAUGCGCAGGAUCAUCCAGGAAUGGUUCAGGUAUUUCUGGGUCAUGGUGAUUCGCUUGACGCAAAUGGAGAUAACCUACCACGUUUAGUUUAUGUAUCUCGUGAAAAAAGACCAGGUUUUAAUCACCAUAGAAAGGCUGGUGCCAUGAAUGCUCUGAUACGAGUUUCAGGAGUAUUAUCAAAUGCUCCUUUCAUUUUGAACCUGGAUUGCAGACACUAUAUCAACAACAGUAAAGCUUUAAGAGAAGCCAUGUGCUUUAUGAUGGAUCCCACCUCAGGAAGAAAGGUUUGCUUUGUGCAGUUUCCAUACAAAUUUGAUGGGACUGAUCAAAACGACAAAUAUUCUGACCGUGUAGUUUUCUUUAACAUUAACAUGAGAGCUCUUGAUGGGAUCCAAGGACCAAUCUUUCUAGGCACUGGAUGUGUUUUCAGACGGCAAGCUUUUUAUGGAAUUGAUGCUCCGGUUAAGGAGAAAAACGAGAGAAAGACACGAAAUUGCAAGUCAAAAUGUUGCUUUUUAGGUAGGAAAAGGCAUAAAAAUAAGGGGAACAAGAAAUCUCUGAAUCAGAAUAGGGAGAUAUCAGCGCUGGUUCAUUCACUUGAGACAAUCCUUGAGGAAGCUGGAGGAGAAGUUUUAGAGAAGUCUUCCUUAAUGCCUUUGGAAGGGUUUGAGAAGAAAUUUGGCCGAUCACCAGCAUUUAUAGCUUCCACACUAACAGAAAAUGGUAGGAUUUCAAUGGCCGUAAGUUCUGCUUCAGCUUUGGAGGAAGCAUUGCAUGUUAUAAGCUGUGGUUAUGAGGACAAGACUGCAUGGGGAAAGGAGGUUGGAUUUAUGGAUCGAUCGCGGAGGACGUGUUGACUGGCUUCAAGAUGCAUUGUCAUGGUUGGCGAUCUAUUUUCUGCAUGCCUAGAAGAACAGCAUUUAAGAGCUCUGCUGUGACAGAUCUUUCAGAAUAU